GAGCGCGCAUCCAGAGACACUAGCAAGGCAAGGAGUUUGGCUGAGCUGAGGUCACGAGGUGGGGACCCCGAGGGAAGAGGAGUGGGUGGAGUUGACCAGGCAGAGCGGGGGACAGCUCCGAGGCCUGGUUGUCCGCUGCCGUUUGAAAACGACAGUUGGGCGCCGCCGCAGCCACGUCCCCGCCUCACGCUCAGCGCCGGGCUUGAUGCGGCGUCGCGCCCCCGCGGGAGCUGCGCGAGGAAAGUGGUCGCGCCGGCUCUGUGCUCACCCCACACUGACGUUCUGGGGCCGGCUGGGGCACCUGAAGCGAAGGGAAUCCGUGUUGAGGCGCCAGCCCCAGCAUGUCGCUGCCUCCGGAGAAAGCCUCUGAGCUGAAGCAGCUUAUCCACCAGCAGCUGAGCAAGAUGGAUGUCCAUGGCAGAAUAAGAGAAAUCCUUGCUGAGACAAUACGGGAAGAAUUAGCACCUGAUCAACAACAGUUAUCAACAGAAGAUUUGAUCAAAGCUCUUAGACGUCGUGGAAUCAUUGACGAUGUGAUGAAAGAACUUAAUUUUGUUACUGACAGUGUUGAUCAAGAACUUCCUUCCUCUCCAAAACAAUCAGUUUGUUUUACUGAUAAACAAUCAACGUUGUUAAAAAAAACUAAUAUUGAUCCAACACGGAGGUAUCUUUACCUUCAGGUUUUGGGUGGAAAAGCUUUCUUGGAACAUCUGCAAGAACCUGAGCCUUUACCAGGACAAGUUUGUUCAACGUUUACUUUAUGUUUACAUUUUCGAAACCAGCGUUUUCGUUCUAAACCUGUUCCAUGUGCCUGUGAGCCAGAUUUUCACGAUGGCUUUUUACUUGAAGUACACAGAGAAAGCUUAGGUGAUGGAACUAGAAUGGCUGAUUCAACAACAAUGUUAUCAAUAAGUGACCCAAUUCAUAUGGUGCUAAUCAAAACAGACAUAUUUGGUGAGACCACUUUAGUAGCAUCCUAUUUUCUUGAAUGGCGAUCAGUUUUGGGCUCAGAAAAUGGAGUGACCAGUCUUACUGUGGAACUUAUGGGUGUAGGUACAGAAUCAAAAGUUUCUGUGGGAAUUUUAAAUAUAAAACUUGAGAUGUACCCGCCACUCAAUCAAACAUUAUCUCAAGAAGUAGUGAACACACAGCUUGCUUUGGAACGGCAGAAAACUGCAGAGAAAGAGCGAUUAUUUCUUGUAUAUGCUAAGCAGUGGUGGAGAGAAUAUUUGCAAAUUCGACCCUCACACAACUCACGGCUGGUUAAGAUUUUUGCUCAGGAUGAAAAUGGGAUAAAUAGACCAGUCUGUUCCUAUGUUAAACCACUUCGAGCCGGGCGCCUUCUGGAUACUCCAAGGCAAGCAGCAAGAUUUGUUAAUGUCCUUGGCUAUGAAAGAGCCCCUGUUAUUGGAGGAGGAGGUAAACAGGAACAGUGGUGCACUCUGCUCGCUUUUCUCUGUAGAAACAAGGGUGACUGUGAAGAUCAUGCUAACCUUCUGUGCAGCCUUCUUCUUGGAUAUGGAUUAGAAGCCUUUGUCUGUGUUGGGACUAAGGCAAAAGGAGUACCUCAUGCAUGGGUUAUGACUUGUGGCACUGAUGGAACCAUCACUUUUUGGGAGAGUUUAACAGGACACAGGUACAUCCACAAACCUACCAAUCCUGAUGAACCUCCAAUUGCUGAACAGUCCAAACCGUUGUACCCAUACCGAACAAUUGGUUGUGUUUUCAAUCAUCAGAUGUUCCUGGGAAAUUGUCAGCCCUCUGACUCAGUAGAAAUCUGUGUAUUUGAUUUGAAUGAUGAGUCCAAAUGGAAACCCAUGAGUGAAGAAGCAAUUAAAUCUGUGUGUGCUCCAGGUGCUACAACAUCCCUUCCUCCCUUUCCACCUCUAUGUGCAUCCACGAUCGAUGCUUCAGUAACAAGUAAUGAAAUAGAAAUGCAGCUAAGGCUACUAGUGUCAGAACACAGGAAGGAUCUUGGCCUCACUACUGUUUGGGAAGACCAGCUUUCCUAUCUCUUAUCACCAGCUUUGGCUUCUUACGAAUUUGAGCGUACAACAAGUAUAUCUGCGGGCAAUGAAGAAUUUCAAGAUGCUAUACGGAGGGCUGUACCUGAUGGCCACACGUUUAAAGGGUUCCCAAUACAUUUUGUGUAUAGAAAUGCAAGACGUGCAUUUGCCACAUGUCUUCGGUCUCCUUUUUGUGAAGAAAUAAUCUGUUGCCGUGGAGACCAGGUGCGACUGGCAGUUCGAGUCCGAGUAUUUACUUACCCUGAAUCUGCAUGUGCUGUUUGGAUCAUGUUUGCUUGUAAAUAUCGCUCGGUAUUAUAGGCCUAAAAUUUCUAUAAGAAUAUACCUAUGUUUUAUUGGAAUGUUACAUGUUGUAUAUUACUAGUUGCUUAGAGGUUAUUUUAAAAAUCACAGUCUGGCUUGGAUGUUACAUUUCAAUUUUGUAUAUACCUGACUGAUAAUGUUUGAAAAAUAUCAUGAUUUGUGUAUUUAAAAAUUAAGGAUGAAAAACUUGUAUAAAUCUGAGUGGAAUUUAGUAUAAAUUAAGUGUAUAUUCUAUUUUAAUAAAUGCUGCUUUGUUUAUAGCUAUUCAGUAGUUUAAAUAUGAACAUAAACUUCACUCAGUUAUCUUUGUUAAUAGGUAAUCAGAAAGAUAUUUGAAGGUUUGAGCCAUAGUAAACUCAAUAUCAUUGUCACUGAUUAAUGGAAUGAUUAUUUUAUAUAAACUCAGAGAAAUUAAUCUCACACUGGAUUUAUUUAUUACAUAGGUGAAAAGACAGUUUGAUGAAUUAACACUUUUGUGGUUUAUCCAUGGCCAUAGGGUAUUUAUGACUUUCCAGAGGGUUAUGGGAAGACUUAAUGCAAGAGUCUUGUACUUUUCCUAGUCCAGUACUAGGAAAAAACUAGUACUGGAAAAGCAUAAAUAUUAAUAACAACAAACCUCAUAUGAAAGUACGUGAAUAAUUUAUAAAUAUUUGUUAGUUUUAUUAUAAAAAUGAAUUAGGUAUUUUAGAAAGAAAUUUGUCAUACCCUUUUGUUGUUAUACUGAUACAUUUUCUGUAAUUAAUAUUGGUAGUCUGUUGCUGAUUUUCAGUGAUCAAAGGAUUCAUUCCAGCCCCUUCAUCGAUUCCAUUUUCUGAAACCACAUUUUUUUCUUUCUUUUUUUGUUUCAUUGUGAUUAAAAACAUCAGCAUAUAUGUGACUAAUCUAAAUCCGAGAAUCAUUGUGUGAGGCUGCUGAAAACAAGCAUAUCUGAGUGAUUCCAUGCUUAUAUUUAUUUUAAAAUUGAGCAUGUUUUAAAAGUUAAUUUUAAAGUUGAGCAAGUUUUAAAAGUGAGCAAUAAAGUGAGCGUUAAAAAGACUCUACUAUAGCAUUUUUGACUUUUUGUGAGAAGCUACAUAAUCUGAUAGGUUUGACUGUAUUCAGCAUCUCUGUGUACAAUUCUUAAUUCAGUUGCUUCAUCCAUUUGUCUUUAAGAAAGUAACCAUAUACCAGUUGUCUGUGCAAGUUAUUCUUUUCAUUACUUUAAUUCACCAUUGCAGAUAAAAUGAUUUAAUGUUUUUUUAAAAGUUAAAAUCUAGAGAUAUCCUAAAAUUUACUUUUUGUUUUAUUUUUACAUAUAAUAAAUAUUUGAUUUAACUUGUUUUAAAAGUCUGAAAAUAUCCCUCGUCUUACCAAUUUUCAUUGAAAACGAUAGUCAGAUGUUUUUUGUGAGACUGAUAUGACUCCAGAGAAUUAGCAAAAUAAGAAUUAAGACUUUUUUAUUCUGUUGCUAAAAUUACUCAUAAAGCUAUCAAUAGAGAAAAUUGCUUGCUUUUCAACUUUCAGAAGAAGCUGUUUAUGAGGCACAUAUAAAAGGCAGACUAAGAUCAAGUCUGUAUUAUCAUUGGGCUUUGCUUCUUGCCUUACUGCACCAGAGUAACACAUGUAUUUAUAAUGCACCUUUAGUAUACAUUCUAAAAUAAAUUUUCUUUUUAUGCACUUUAAUAGAGUCCGGCAUGAACUAAUAUGUUUCUCUAAUGAUGAUUUAUUUCAAAAGGUUAUUUCAGUGCAUUUAUCACUAGAAUUCUGCUUCUCUUACAAUUUUUCUUUUCAAAAAUUAAAUUUACUUGUAUAUUUACCUCUGUAAUCAAAGUUGUUUUUCUAUUAAAAACAUAAAAUGUUUUUUAUAUAAUGUCUCUAAUGUGUUCUUUUUGACAGUAUGUGCACUAAUGUAGUCUUUUAUACCUAACAUAGGAGAGUAUACUUAGUAGAAGAAUAUCAGAAACCUGGAAACUUCAUUAUUCAAGCAUGAACCUGUUGAAUAAAGCUUAUUAAAUUCAGUUCCAACUAACUGAACAGUCCAAGAGCCUUUAAAUUUUUUUCUAGUAUUGUAGUGUACAUUUUUAGAUAUCAUCUGCA